AUGAGCCCCACCGACCCUUGUGCAGCAUGUAGCUGGACCGCUGAACGUCAAAAGUAUUGCAACUACAAAAGCUAUGUCAAGCUCUUCUAUGAAGCAGGCGACCGAGGCGUCUGGUCGUUGGGCUCAAACUUGAUUCUGAAAGAUCGAGGUGCCAGUCUUCCGACCUUUGAAGUACCAAACAUUCAGUUUGUGGAGGAAGAGACAUCUAUUCCUGUACCCACUAUUAUUGAGUCUUGGGAGGAAGACGAACACACUCUUAUCUUAAUGAAGCGUAUUGCUGGCGAACCCCUCAGCAAAGCCUGGCCGAACCUCUCCAUGAAUGAAAAAGAGAAUAUAGCAAGGCAGACCGCGGAGUAUCUGCUGCAACUUCGCAAUCUCCGGUCUGAUACUAUGCAAGCCCUUGGUGGCCGUCCAAUCUAUUCGAAUUUCCUCUUUCUUGCUAAAGAUUCUGAGCUUCCCCACGGUCCUCUGGCAUCUGAUGACGAACUCUGGGCGGAGAUGGAGUGUGGUCUGCAAGAGACUGUGCCUGAGGCUGCACGCAUACGACUCCGAAGUCGUAUGCCACCCGCUGCGCCUUAUACCUUUACACACGGUGACCUCACUAAUGUUAAUAUCAUGGUCGAGAAUGGCUCUCUUACUGGCAUCAUCGACUGGGAAAUGGCUGGAUAUUACCCAGUAUGGUGGGAGUAUGUCGGUACUUCGGUCCCCGACAGUGAGGAAGAUAGGGAGUGGAAGACGCUAUUACGAAAAUAUAUGCCUGACUAUAGUGCAGCGCGUGAAUUCUGGCUGGAUUAUUAUUAUCUCUGCAGGAAUCCAAAACAUGAAAGAGCGACGAGAUUUAUCGAGGAGGCAAACAAUGAGAGCCUGUAG